AUGGGAAAGACAAUCGUAUUGGCGUAUGCGGCUGAGUUCCUCGCUGUUACGACGUUAAUCUUAAAAAUGUUUGCGCCAGCUAUCGAAGCAGGUUUAUUAUCAACUGAGAUUUACAAAAUAAAAGUUAUUCUACAUGAUAAGUUACUGGUAGAAGAAGAUGAAAAUAAAAAACAAGAUUUGAAUAGAUUUAUUAAUUAUAUAGAAGUACGUCCAUUUAAAUUUAAUGUUAUGAAAGUCAUUAACUUGGAUGCGACUUUCCCCGUCGUGAUCCUUAAUCUCUGUAUCACAUAUUUAAUUAUAUCUUUGCAACUUACUCAUUUAUACUAA